CUUCUUUCUGCAAACCAUGUGGCUUCGGAUGGUAAAUAAUGAUCGAAGCUAAAUUUUAACCUCGAUUCCAGUCGGAUUUUUUUGUUGUACCGACGCGGAUACUGUAAAGUCGGAACCGUGAAGAUGUCGGACGGCGGAGUGAACCUCCAGCAGCAGGUGGAGUCGGUGCUGGGAGCGCUGGUCAAAGCUGCCACGGUGGAGUUGACCAAACUGUUCGAGAGCAGGUACGGAGUCUCGGCGCUGGGUGUGGAGACGGGCCGCACCGAGGACAGAAAGGAAAGCGAUACCAUCGAGAAACGGGACAGCUUAACGUCGGGGAGCAGCAAACGUAGUAUCGGAGUGCAAGUGGAUGAGGACAUUUAUGUGCCGCUGAAGCUAUGUGGUUGGUAUCUGUUGAGGUUUAAAUGCACUGACUUCCUGUUUGUCCAGGGCUACUCUGCAAGCAUAGAUGCAUGAGCAAAGUACAGACUAGUUCUCCCUUACUGAUAAAAGAAACAGAUAAACAAAUUUUGCAUGCAACAACGCCUGUGCACCAUUUGCAAUCAGCUUUUGCAAACCCCAUCAUUCAUUAAUGUUUGUUACAGUGAGGUCGUGCAGAGUGUCCCCUCUGCAAACCCGAUUCAAAGGAAUGUUGUUGUGUGUCCUUAUGGCUCAACCCUCCCCCCUUCCUUCUCCACAGGCCCCUCUCCCCUUCUAGAUGGUGAUUGUUUGAAAGGUUUCGGGGAGGAGAUGGAGGUGGUGGUGGAGGGGUGCCUCAUUCCUUCAGAAAUCCUUCUGGCUGAAGAUAAUGGUCGAGUUGACUCCGAGUGGUCCUCUUUAAAGGAGCAGGUCAGUGAGGAUUUACAGGGAUGUUAAUACAUUAUCACACCACCAGAGCCAGGGCUGUUUCUCUUAUAACAGAACACCUUAUCACAUUUGUGUCUUAACUGAGUGAACUUCACCAAGCUUGUUCUCCUUGUACGAAUUGUCCUGCAUACCCACAAGUUUUAUGUUUCUCCUCUAAUCAGGUGAAGGUGGAAGGGAUGGAAUUGGUGGAGUUGAUUGAGUCUGAAGCAGGGACAAAGGCUGAGAGUGAUCCUCAAACAGAGGUUGUUUUGAAUGGUAAGAAAAAGAACUCUGCAGGGAUUUAUUCAAGGCCAGUACACACCCUGGAAAAUUUCAAACAUCAGAAAACAAUUAUGCAAACAGGCUCAACAGGUACAGAUAAACUGAUAUAGCCUGGCUAAUGUAUUAGAUGUAAUUACUGGGUAUCCAGUUGGUGUUUUUUUUUUUUUUUGUCAAUUGCCUUUGUCUUGAAACAUUUGCAGGUGUCACUGCACUAAAGGCAAUGAAAUAAUAAUAAUAAUAAUAAUAAUACAACCCCAAAAAAAUCUGUAGCACAGCCAACAUUUUGAUACAUCAAAAUGAAUUUUCCACAGAUAAGCCAUUGAAAGCGAAUGUAUGUGUCUUAGGUGUGUAAGUUUCCCAACAGUCCUCUCCUAAGUACUUUCACCACACUGUCAGUUUGUCUAGAUCUAAAUGACCUUAUCUUUUGUUUAGCCAGUGGAAAUAGUUCAGAACAAGGUUUCACAUCCACCUUUUAAAACAAGAAACCAUUAGAAAAAGGCACAUAAUUAAAAGGGGUUAUACUUGUGCACUGGUCACAGCACAGUAAACUUGCAACCACUGAUAAAGGGAAAUAAAAGACAAAACCUGAACGUGAAACAAUCAAUUUCAAGGUUUUAAUCAAAAUCAUCAUAACAAACUAACUGACUGUCGUCAGAUCCCAUGAUUGUCAAGAUGGAUCAUGAUGGUCAAGAUGGAUGUGAUGACAAACACAAGAAAAGCAUUUAACAUGGUUUCAAAAUGAAAAAAAAAGAGAUUUGCACAAGUUACAAAGAGUAGAGCCUCACACAGUGUAGGUUGCAACGACUUAAGUUUAUUUAAGAUUCUUACGAGAGCAAAUUAAAAAUGGCAAAAGAGGAAGUGUCAAGCAAGGAGGACUGGAGGACUCUGACGGCUGUUUUAUGACCCAGUUCAAGGGAAAGAAAAACUGUUUUUUUGGAAGAACAAAUAUUUUACCAAUAACACAAUACUGGAAGUGUAAGUUGUCUUCAAAUAUGUUUGUGUUUUUUAAUGUCAUAAAUUAAUAGUGUAAAUAUUUCAAAAUACAUAUUGCUUACAAAAAAAACAGAGGAUGCACAGUUUAUCAGUGCACUACAUUUGUAGGUUUUGUUCCUGCGCACUGCAGUUGAAUGCAUAACAGAAGUGAACUUUGCACUAACCCGUCGUAAACCUGUGUCACAGGGGGUAACAGGAUACAAUCCGGCCCCCAUCCACUGUAGACAGGUAGGUUUAUACAGGAUAUAUACUUAAGAAAACAGAAGUAUAUGUAAGUCAAGAAUUAGCGCACACCAGAAAAAAAAGCUUUCCUUUUUUUUUUAUUUGUAUUUAGAGAUUUAUUAAAGCACAUGACAGAAAAAUCACACAAUUGUGCAAACUGAUACACACAAAAAAAGAAUUUACACAGACCGCCUGUUCAGCUUAGCAUGUAGAAAGACUAAGGUUAUUCCCUACUCAAUUUGCCAUUUUCUACUUCAUGCACUGUCAUAUCUAUUCACUGAAGGCAUAUAAUGAUGUAUGAAAAACAGUUUACAAGGUUUUACAUUUCAACCUCAUAGUGUGUCAAGAGGAGGCUGCAUCAGCCGCUAAAAGUAACAUCUCAGUCACCAAGUUUUGUCGGGGAGGACUUUGUUUUUUAUGACUUGUUAAGACAAAUAGGAUUAAUAGGAUGUUGACAACACCCCGGCAGCUGAUAAAACACUGGCUUGACAGCAGUUUGAGAAUUUUUUUCAAGCUUUUUUCAAACUAUGAAGCAGUUACACCUCACUACUUUUGAAGACUUAACACUACAGUGCUGAAAAACAGUUUUUGUUCUGCAAAUGUAAGUCAAACAUGUCUUUAUGAUCUUUGACAGAAUCAUCAGAGACAUUAAGACAUGGAUCCUCUCUAUCUAAACAGAAGCCACUCAUCAUCCAGCCAGAUACAAGUGACAUCAUCUCUGGGGAGAGGGUGAACUUUGUUUGCCCAUUAAUCCUCAAACAAGAGUCCACAGCUUGCAAACCAGAGACUUCAAAAAACCCUGUCAAAGCAGAGCCCGGGCUACCCUGCGUCAGCAUUGCCAAGGGCAAGGUUUAUAGUCCAUCCCUGUCUGAUGGAGCUAUGACUCCUGCCGCGGGUAAAGUUCAGAAAAAGGUCCACAUGCCAAAAAAGACGAACCUCCGCCUUAAACUAAAAACUCCUCUUGAUAAAAAGCUGAAGCAUUCCUGUGAGGUUCAACUGGUGGAUGUGCUCAAAGUGACCGAAGCCAAAACAAAGGGUGUUUUUAAAAGUCACGAUGCUAACCACAAAAGUGGCUCCCCUCUGCCCAAAGACCUUCGCUCCCACCAAGGUCUCCACACAGGCCAUCGCCUUUGCUGCUUCACUCUUUGUGAAAACGGCAUUUGGCGGCUACAGAAGGUGGUCACCCACUCCCGUGAUGGAUACAUGUGCAGUAUCUGUAAGAAGACCUUCAAGCGGAGGAAGAUCCUGCGACGGCAUGAGCGCUUUCACACUGGAGAAAAACCGUACUCCUGUUCGUCGUGUUCAAAGACGUUUGCUUUAAGGAAGAGCCUCCGCCGACACCUGAGGUUCCACACAGGAGAGAGGCCUCACACCUGCACGCAGUGCAACAAGAGCUUCCGUCUGCGAGACAAUCUGAAAGCACACCUGAGGUUUCACACCGGAGAGAAGCCUUUCAACUGCACUGCCUGUGGGAAGAUGUUCAGGAUCAUGAAGAAUCUGGAGAAACAUCAGUGUGCUUUUGGCUUUGUUCCUUCAUUCAGGACUAUCGCUGGCUUUUAGCUGUGGUAACACUAGCUUGUUGCAGUGUUUGCAACGUUUUCUACCUCAGUCAGAAAACACUUUGUCAAAGACUAUCUUGAAGACUUAAAAAACAGGCAACUGGACUGUGUAGAGUUGAGAAGACGUUUAGCCUCUUAUCCAAGAAGCUUCUUCAGUUCUAAAAGUGCUAGUGUCAGGAGCAGAUAUUUAUCUUACUGGAGAAGGGGGACAGUUAACGACUGGCUGGAGUUGAAAAGAAUGGGUCGUAGAAACCCAUCUCUCGGUGUGUGUCCCCCAAGUCGUUAUCCUGAAAGGGUCGUUAGCGACUCCUAUCAUGUGACCACAUGACUCAUGCCACCUGAGUCGUGUGGUUCCAGGUGUGAAUGUUUGUGGAGCUUCCUGGGGAGAGAGCUGAGAACAGCAUUGUAAGUGCCAGAGAGAUUGUGCCUGAGUCCACCCCCUCUGUUCAGAGAAGGUUUCUCCAGCCUGGUAAAGAUGGCUUCUUUAACUCCUCUUUCAAACCAUCUGUCUUCUCGAGCCAACACCUGUACAUCGCUGUCCUCAAAAGAGUGACCCGUAUCCUUCAAGUGAAGGUGGACAGCUGAGUCCUGACCUGAGGAAGUGGCUCUCCUGUGUUGAGCCAUGCGCUUGUGAAGCGGUUGUUUAGUUUCCCCAAUGUACAGGUCUGAGCAUUCCUCGCUGCACUGGACAGCAUAUACCACAUUGCUCUGUUUAUGUCUCGGUGUUUUGUCCUUGGGAUGGACUAGCCUCUGCCUUAGUGUGUUACCAGGCUUGAAAUGAACAGGAAUGUGGUGUUUGCCAAAGAUCCUCUUGAGUUUUUCAGACAGGCCUGCAACGUAAGGGAUUACAGUGCUCUUGCGUCUUUCCUCCCUUUCCUGUUCAGUGUUUUUUCUCUUUCUGUUCUUCACAAAGGCCCACUUAGGGUAUCCACAGGUUGUCAGGGCAUUUUUGAUGUGCUUUUGUUCCUUUUCCUUACCUUCUUUCUUCGUGGGAAUGUUCUCAGCCCGGUGGUUGAGUGUUCUGAUGACCCGGGAGCAGAUAAAUAUCUGCUCCUGACACUAGCACUUUUAGAACUGAAGAAGCUUCUUGGAUAAGAGGCGAAACGUCUUCUCAACUCUACACAGUCCAGUUGCCUGUUUUUUAAGUCUUCAAGAUAACCAUGACCUGGAUGAAUGAGAAUCUACAUGGACAUUUUGUCAAAGACUGUCAUACAGUGUUAAGAAAAGCAGCCCAGGAGCGGAUAGAGAUCCAGAAUAACUGCUGAUAUUAUUAGUCCAUCUUAAAAGCUAUGUAUUAACUAAGGAGGACCUAUAUACUUUAGCAUUUUUUUUUUUUAUCUUUACUUUUGGAAGCAUAUCAGGACUGGCCAAUGUGCAGGUUUGAACAAUUUAGAAUUCGACUGAGAAACUGUAAGAGAUCUCCUCCACCUGGCACCAGGUAUACUACAUACAUGCUGAUAUAUACUCUACCUCCUUUGAGAUUGUUGUAUUUUGUAAACAGUUUAUAGUUUGUCAGUAAAAUAUUGUGCUUUUAUAGACAAAAAAAAAAGCUAUGGAGAUUUAUGGCAGAGGUCACGUUCUCAACUGCAAUAUAAUAGUUAAAUCUGUAUAUAAAGUACUUUUUGGUCUCUGUUCUUUUUAUACCUUUUUUACUUAGUAUUGAUCUCUUUUUAAAGAGUUUUUUGUUUCGAAAUACACUGACUGGGCAAAAAAAAAGUCGCCACCAAAAAGAAGGUAACACCCUCAUUUUUUGUUGGUCUGCUAAUUUGUUCAGUUAAAUCCAGGUGGUGACUUUUAUUUUGGCCAGGCAGUGUAUAUUCUAUUUUUCUUUCUAUGACAGGUGUCAUAACUACCCUUGUGAAAAAGUUAAAGCAUUAAACACUGUUAUUACACUCUUUAAUUGGCAAGUGAAUGUAAGGUUUCAUGUCUUUUUGAAUACUGUUUUAUACUCUAGUAUAGAUACUCUACAUAGACCACUGUCUGGUUUAGUCUUAUCAAAAUCCUGAUACCUGUUUUUUUGUGUGUUAAUAAAAAACACUUUUCUGUACAACACAGAUAAAUCAGAGGUUUUUUUGUGUUUGAAUGAUGAUCACAUCACAUUCAGAACUGAGGAAAAAUCCCUUUGUACCUGGCUGUUUACAUGUCAUUACCUUCGUUAUGCUUUGUACCGUUCUGAGGUAAUGUUUGGGAGACCUGGCCAAGAGGGCAGCAUCGUAGUUCCUUCAACAGAUAAAGUUCACAGCAUCUCAACAUUAAAACAAUCUCACAUAAAACAUUUACACACAGAUGAGGUAGAUUGUAAUGAUUUCACUACAGUUGUAAAUUCAUUUAUUGUCACAAGAGCUUGAAGACAAAGUUCAGACUGUAGUUUGUUCCAGGUAUCUUCAUGCCCAGUUCAGUGGCGACAGUUUGGUGACAACUAACUAUAGAACAUCCAUCGAAUGGAGAUUGUAACUUCCAUGCUUUCUUGUUAAGAGAUUAGACAAAUAUGACGGGAUAUUGCCCAGAAUGGCUUUGUAAAUGAAGAUAUACCAGUGAGUGAGGCGUCAAAUGCUUAAAGAAGUCCAGUUAACUUUAGAGUGGAGAAUGCAAUGGUGAGUAAGUGGAUGACAGUUGGUAAUGAAUCUUAGUGCCCUGUGGUACACACUUACAAGCCUUGAAAGACAGUGAGCAGAAGCGUUUGUGUAAAACACAUUUCCAUAGUAAAUAACAGGAAAGAAGGUUGUUUCCACCAAUUUACUUUUAACACCAAAAGAAAAACAGCUCUUAUUUCUGUAGUAAAAUCCUUAGAAAAGUAUAGGUUUUUUGGUAACAUACAAAAUGUGGUCCUUAAAAGACAAUUGAUCAUCAAUUAAAAAUCCUAAAUAUUUGAAAUUUGACACCCACUCAAUUUGUUCACCCUGUCUUGUUGAAAUUCUUUCAGACAGCGCAGAUCUCACGUUUGUUGAAUUACUGAAGAACUUUUUUAUAAGGACAGAACAAAAUAAAGUCUUGAUAAAAUAAAUUUACUUUCACGCCUCAAAGCCUAUUUUAUUUUCUCUGUAACAAUAAGAUGCAGGUGUUUAGAACCAGAAAUUACCAUGUGGAAUUGUGGGACACAGUCCACAGUGGGGGCGAGUUGGAAUGAUAAUAAGCCUAGUUUUGUACAGGUUGGGCUGAAAGUGACAUUCCCUCAUCCAUUUAGAAAUGUCAGCAAGGCAGAAUGAGAUCUGAGCUGAGACAGUUGUGUUGCGUUGUCCUGGUGAUAGGAAAAUCUGUAGGAGUGGAUGAUUUUACAAAGUGAUGUGGUGUAUUUUGAGAAAAGCAGGGGAACCAAGCACUGACCCCUGAGGCACCCCUGUUCAUAAGUCAUGCA